GGUCGACGCAAAUAUACUUCCUGCACCCCGGAAGUGGGUUUAAAGAAGUCAAGAUGGGGACUCGCGUGAAGGUCCUGAGCGUGUUUAAAGCGCUGCACAGAACAAGGCAGACUGUAUUCAAAGACGACAACAGAGCACUGACAGCUGCAAAGUUAAAGAUCAAUGAGGAGUUCCGGAAAAACAAAGAUGAAACGUCAGGAGAAAACAUUGCGAAGAUGAUCAAAAUGGGCUCAGAUGUGGAAGCUGUUCUUCGACAGACCGUGUUACAAAUGAAACAUGUCGGAGAUGACACGCUACUGCUCGUGCCCAGAGAGAGCCUCCUACUAGAAAAUGUCCCCUAUUGUGACCAGCCCAGGAAAAAGUCAUGACAUAUUAAAUCUUUCUCGCCCAAAACAUGAGACUCACCGUCAUCCAUCUGCAAUUUAAACUAUUUAACCAGAACAUUUCAAGUUGAAGAUCAUCUCUACAUGAGGAAAUGCCUGUUCUUGAUUCACUGCUGGUGUCGGCUGUUCUGUUGUAAGAAAUCAGUGCUGCAAACUGGAUUAUGUAGUUUCAUGUGUAGUGUUUUGUCAAAUGUUAUUUAAAUGUUUUCAUUUCAUAUGGAAAUAUUGUGCCUAAUUUCCAGCAGCUUGUUGUGAUCCUGAAAUCAGUGAAAUUGCUGCUACUGAAAAAUAAAUGUAUCACUGCGUUCUUAUUAAAGAGGAGGAUUCCCAGUC